CACACACACACACACACACACACACACACAUUUGGCUAUUGGGUUUGGCAUGUUCUAAUUUCUUUUCCUAUCACUACUUAUGCCGAUUUGCAGGUCUGUUUCUUGAAAACGUUCUGAAAGGCACAUCAUAUUCUUUCCUAUACCCACAAUGUAAACUGCGCCCUGGGUCAUUCUUUUCAAUGUGUAUGAACAGGCAGGUUAUGCAGUAUUAAUAUUCCUUCCUAUGCAGACAGACAUGUUUUUUUUACAUCACCAAAGUUAACGUCAGAUUUUGGUCCAUUAAAUAAGGUUGAGUACAGGUGAGACACCACACAAGCCAAAAUGACAAUCACCGGGAAAGAGCUUAACAGCACAGAUAAGCACGACAUGGAAAUUACAAGGGCAAUCUUGUAUAUGAGUGAUUUUGCUGUCUUUUUAAUCAACGGACCUUUACUGGUUCUCAACCUCAUGGCAAACAUCUUCUUUGUGUUUUGUUUGAUGACUCGCAAAACGCAACAGGUGAAGCAACCUUUAACGAUACUGCUGGGAUCAAUGGUUUCCUUUACAAUACUUUAUGUCUUCUCUGUUACUUUGUUGACUUGUGUGUUAGUGUGGGUCAAAUCCAAUGUAGUUAUUGAUAUAGCUUAUACAAUUGUGAUUUUCCUGUCGCGUGGGAACAUGACCACUUAUGUUUGGCUGAUGUUUUACUACUAUAUCAUGAUCGUCCCGUCCCAGCGAGCCCUCUUCCUUUGGGUGAAGAAGAACAUCAAAUCUAUCAUCUACAUCGUGCUGAUUUUGGACAGGUUAUUUUUUCUGGGUGUUGCCUCGUUCCAAGUUACUUUGAUUGUUGAUCAUUUCAGAUUCCCCAAUGGUACAGAGGUUUUUUAUAAUGAGAUUGAUAUUGUGUGGUUUUCAAUUGUCAGUACAUACAAAUUUAUCUUUAUAUGUGUUAUGAUGAUCUCCUGCUUCGCCACGGCACACUACCUGAACAAACACAUGAAAAGCCUUUCAGCGAGCGACGGAUCCCUCUCCAGUCCAAGGCUUCACAGUCAGAUCAGAGUCACCGUCGCAGGCAUCCUUCAAGGGGUGCUCUGCUUCCUCUGUGGCAUUUGGAAUCUAGUGUAUGUGAUGAUCUAUUAUUUAUCACCAUACUUCUACUUUGGUUCGAACAUCACCUUCACGGUCGUCAACCUGUACAUUUCCGGCACCACUGUCAACCUUGGGGUUGGCCAGACUCUCUUCAGGGAAAGGGCAAUUCAUGUCUGGAAGGCUGUCAACAAAAGACUUUGCACUGGGAAGUCAUCGAAGGAUAUAAGACCUCCUUGAAAUCUGGUGACAAUGACAUUGCUUUCUAUCAAAGAAAGCUCUGGUGUUGACGCUACCAUACCACUAUGAUUAUAGAAUAGUUGAUACGAGCAAAAAAUAAGUAGUGCAUGUUUGGUUUUUAUUGUUUACGGCAGAUUGAAAACAUUGAAGAGUAGACUGGCGAUGAUUGAAGUCCAUUGGGCUACUGAAAUGAAAAUACAUUAGAUAGAGAUUAUGUGUUGUGUUUUGUUUUUAACUGAAACUGAACUGAAAAGAAGAGACAGGUCAGGCUACCAGUACAGGAUUUAAUUCAGUUGUAAAUUAAUGUCCUUUUGAUUCAUUUUG